GAAGACCUGCAGAACAAAUGAAAGGGUUCCGAGGCUCCUGUCCCUCCCCUCCCCGCUCCCCCGGGUGUCCAAGCGCCUGACACGUAGUAGGCGCUCCCUAAACAUCUGCUCAGCAAAUGAGCUGCAAGUUUUAGGCGUCGAGCACGUGGAGCUUUGGAAACCAGGACAUUGAACGAGCGUGCCUCAGACCACAAAGCGGCUCGGGCGCGUGUGAGAGGCGGCGGCGGGCUGGAGGCGAGGCGCGGGCCGGGAGCCGGGCGCCCCGCGGGGGGUCCUGCCUGCGUGGCGCCCGGGGCGGGGGCUCGGGGAGUCGCGCGCCGGCACGUGCUCGUCCCGGGGCCGCCGGGCCGGGGUGGGCGCGCGUGUGCGCGUGGGGCGUGGGGUGUGUGCCCGCGCCGUGCCCCCCGCGCGUGCUGCCGGGCGGGCGCCGGCGUGAGUCACGGCGGGGCUCGCCUUUAUAACGGCCCGCAGGCUCGCGCCAGCCGCCCGCCAGCCCGCCCGCCCGCCGCUCCGCGCUCCAGCGAGCGCGCCCCGGCCCCGCGCCCCGCAACGGCCCCCAACCGCCGCGCAGUCCCGAGGGCGCCAUGAGGGGCCCGCGCUGCGCCCCGCUGCUGCUCCUGCUGCUCCUGCCGCCGCUGCUGCUCACGCCCCCCGCCGGGGACGCCGCCGUCAUCACUGGGGCCUGCGACAAGGACCCCCAGUGUGGUGGAGGCAUGUGCUGUGCUGUUAGUAUCUGGGUUAAGAGCAUAAGGAUUUGCACACCUAUGGGCAAAGUGGGAGACAGCUGCCAUCCGCUGACUCGUAAAAACCAUUUUGGAAAUGGAAGGCAGGAGAGAAGAAAGAGGAAGAGAAGAAAAAGGAAAAAGGAGGUUCCAUUUUUUGGGCGGAGAAUGCAUCACACAUGUCCAUGUAUGCCGGGCUUAGCCUGUUUACGGACUUCAUUUAAUCGAUUUAUUUGUUUAGCCCGAAAGUAAUCACUUCAGAGUAGAAACUUUAAAUGUGAACAACCACAUGAUGUCUGUAAAGUCUAUUUACUUGUGAUUGUGCCCAACAAGUAUAAUAUGCCAGAAAGAAAUGCUCUUGCUUCCUCAGCUAUCCAAGUAACGUUUCUAUCUUUGAUGUUUAAAUGGCUUUUUUUUUUUUUUUUAACUGAAAGAGGAUUUCAAUUUUGGAUAGAAAUGUAGAGUGUAGGGCAUUAUGGAACCGGUUCUCAUUUCCCUGUUUGUGUUUUGGCUUGGUCUGGCCUUUUUUAAUGCCAGUAACUCACCCAUUUUCACAGAAAUGAGGAGAGUAAGAAUUUGGUCUUUUGUUACAGAAACUUUUUUGUCUGAAACCCCCUCACCCCAGCCCUGCCCACCACACACACACACACACACACACACACCCUCUGGUCUCUUUUCUCUCCUCAAAGAAUUUUAAGGCCCCCACUUAUUCUUUGCCAUUUCCCUGCUGGGCCCUCUAGCAUUUUAACGAGGGGAACAGGGUUGUUAGAUAUCCUUUAGCUUGCUGGGAAAAUCCGUGUGGAAAAUCAAGCUUUUUUGCCUGAUACUUAAACAGCAAAGGGUGUGUGGUUGAACUAGACACUCCACAAUUUUCCUGGUUGAAGUAGAGGUGGGCAUACUCUCCAGCUUUCAUGGAACCUGUCCAUGCGACAGAACCUCAGAUCUGCUGUGUGACAGGUGUGAGUUCAGAAGGCAUGGAAAGUCCAUUUAGACCUUAUUUCUAGAUUUAGGGUUUUUUGGGUUUUUUUAGUAAAAAACACUUCUCCAAUAUGUUACACUUACUUCUUUUUCUUCUUGUGAAGUUUAUUUUUUAAGUCUCAUAAUUAGAGAUGUUCCAGAAAAUGUCCCUUGAAGAGGAAGUAUUAAUUUUAAUCUGGCAUAACACUAGUUACCAUUUUAAAGUCGGUAUUAAGUUGUAAUUUAAACUUUACUUGUAACCAAAAGGUCUAUUGUAAUGGAUUACCUGACAUCCUGCCAUGUUUCCCUAUAUCAAUAUUGCUGUGUAAAAAUUCUGUAUCAGAAUAAUGACAGUAUUAUAUAUCAUUUGAUUUAUUUUAAUAUUAUAUCCUUAUUUUUGUCACAGUUGUUGUCAGUUUUUAUUACAAGCAGAUUUCUAUUAGCUCACAUUCUAAAAUGGGUAAAGACCCCCAAAUUGGUAAAAUAGCACCAACAGUAUUUGCGUGUUCACUUUACAUACAGCAAAGUUCUGUUUGCAUGAAUUUUAAGGUAGUACAAAAAAUAAACAAUGUGUAAAUCGGUGAGGGUUUUGGAACAAGAAGGAAAAUUGUGAUAUGCAGAACUGGUUGUAAUCAGGAAUGGACUCCUGGGAUUUCACUGUAUUGAUUCAGCAUAUAGUGACCCAGUGUUUACCAAGAGUGGUCAGGCAGGAUGCGAGGCGAUAGCCUUAAGGUGAUGCCAGUGGCCCAGCCUUGCAAAACCCACCAAGUAUUGUAAAUGGAAUCAACGUCAACAAAUAAACAGCUUAUGAAAUGUGUUCAACUGAGUAAACUUGACCAUGCCAACCCACUAACCGUUGCAAAAAAAAAAAAAAAAAACACGUCCAUUUUGUAGUAAGUUAACUUAUUCAGCCGGCGCUCACAGUUGCACAUUGUGUGUAACUUUACCCUGGGGGCUAACGUGUCCCAUAAAUAAAUGAAUGGGAUUUUGCUGUACUAAUUACCAUAUUUAGUCAUAGAAGUAUUAUUUUUGGUUCAGUUUAGUUUGUGUGCAAGAAGCAUUCCUCAGUGAGUUUGUUGGAAAAACAUCGCCUUCAGCAAGUGAAAUUAUGGGUGAAGAGGCAGGCACUUCAGCCGUUACCCUAAAUGUUUUCUUGUAAUGUGUGGUACAUCCUUUUUCUUAAGUCUGAAAACUUGAUUGGGUCAACCAUCCAUUUUCACCCAAGUUAAAAAACAUAUGACUUUUAUAAAAUUCUGUUUUUACAUAAACCAACUCAAUAAAAAAAAAUCACUAAAAAGAGGUAGAUCGUAGUAUAGCCAUGAGAAGGAAUGUGAGGUUUGUGUAGAAAACUCAGAACUAUAUCUACUGACUCACCUUCUACCAUUCAAAGAAAAACAGAACCUUACUAUUUGUUAACCUCUCCCCUCGAUUGUUAUCUUUACUAGGGAAUAACUAACUCCGUUCUUUGUAAGGUACAGCUUUAUUUGGUUAGUGUUCUUUUAACUUGUCACCAGGGUUAGCAUCUUUCGAAUAAUUGUUUCAAAAACUCGUAAUCAUGUUCCAUGGAGACUCUUUAAGCUCACUGUACGCAAAGCACACAAAUUCCUGCGCUAUAAAGACUGUGCUGCUGUUUCUUCCCUCCUCAGGACACUCUCUCCCUGAAACUGGGACUUCAUAGGCCAGAAUUUCUGCAAGGUAAGGCAAACUGAAAAUUUACGCAAGAAAAGUUAAAGUCAGCAAUCUACUUUGAUGUCAUUAUCGGGCGUGAAUUCCAUCCAUGCUGGGAGAGAAACAGAUCUGAUGCCAGAACCUACGAGCUAAAUUCAAGUGGACCCGUGGAUUCCUUUGCAAACACUGACUUUCUUGAAAACUAUCAUUUCGGACUUCAACCUUUUUUUUUUUUUAAAGCAACAUCUUUUUUUGACCAUGGAGAAGUUUGUGCUAAAAGUCUUUCCUUACAAACCCUCUCAUCUAACUGAAGGCCUUUUUUCUUCCCAGCAUUUCAGUGUUGUUCUAGUGUUGGAGCUCUGUAAAGUCAGUCCAGUGAUAAAUCACUCAUCUAAGCCAAUUUUCUUCUUCAUUGGUUUCAGUAUCAGAAACCUCAUCCCAUUCAGAAUUUUCUAACUUCAUUUUUUUAGAGAAUUAAAGUUGGAGACCAUUUUAAUUUUAAAAACAGGACAGUUUUGGUAUUCAGUGAGGAUCACUGCCUAAAAUUCACUGACAACCUUUUACGAUCAUUCUCUUUUAACAUGUUGCCCUGUAUUUCCAGUAAUAUCCCCAGAAUUAAUAUUUCUUUGGUUCUUAGACAUCUUCCCCCUGAUUUGUUAAUGGUCAGUACACCCUACGGUACUAAAGAGAACUGUUUCUCUUCUAGUAUCUUUGACAGCAUAAUCCUUAAGUAAAUUUAUUACCCUCUACUCUAACUCCCCCAAAAGUCAGGGCACUUUUCAGAGCACACCUCUCCCAAGAUUCGAGAUGCCAUUAGUACACUGUUCUUGAAGGACCACUCCUCCCCCCCCCCCCCAUUAUCUAUCACCCUUAGAGAUUCUGGUUCAGUUUGUCUGGGGUGAGGCCUGGGUGUUGGGAUUUUUUUUUUUUUUUUUUUGGAAGCUACUUAUUUGAUUCUAAGGUGCACCCGUGGUUGAGAGCCACUGAGAAAGAACAAAGGAAUAUGCUUUAUAGAACUGUUGCUUCCCCAUGAAACCCCUUUAUGAGACACCUUUGUAGUUAGAUGAGAAGUGGAGGGAGUAGCUAAUGUCUGCCUUUUCUUGCCACCCUCAAAAGUCCCUGGGAUCCUCAAGCAUAAAUGAAUCUCUGUUUUGGGAUGGUUUCUUUUUUUCUUCUCCCUCCACGACUUCUAGAGGGACCUUCACAGAAGGGUCCCGCUUGAGAACUUUAGUGGGUUACAUAGCUCAUUUGAGGAGUCUAUUCAAAGCUCCUCUGAAUUACAUUAGGGAAGCAGGCCUGGGUGCAGCCUGGCUGGUGCUGGCUCUCCUGCUGGCCCUGAGAAGUCUGUGCAGCCGGCUCCCUUGGUUUGUUGACCUCGGUCGUCCUCCAGGCACACCCUCCCAGGUGACAGCUUCCGAACUGCCCCCUGUCCUAGCCCCACGUUCCUAUAUAUCUCCAGAUUUCAUUCUAUGUUACUGGAGCUAUAAAUCCUCAAAAUGCUUUAGAAAGUCCAAUAUUGCAGCAAAUUGUAACUGAGUAACUCACAUUAGUAAGCAUUUUAAUAAAACGUACAUACGCCACAAGAGAUUGAAAGGCAAGAAAGUAGAAAAUCAUGGGGCAAAUGCCCGGGGUAGCCUGUGUCAUGUACGUACACAGUGUGUACCAGUGUGUCCACGGCGGAUUUUCAUCAUCAUGAAGGCCUGGAACACGCACUCAUGAGCUGUGGCACAGCCAGGCAAAACCGGGCGUGCGCCCUGCAGGGGCAGCUGGGGGGUAUUUCCAGGCAUUCGCUCACUUUCAUCCAGGAUUUGUCAACACUGACGCUACUGACUUCCUGGGCCAGGCCAGUUUUUGUUGUGAGGCACGGUCCCGUAUUCUGUAGGCUGUUUAACAGCACCCCUGUCUCCUGCCCACUAGAUGCCAGUAGUUCCCCUAAGCCGUCACACCCCAAAAUGUCUCUAGGCAUUACCAAAUGAGUAGGUAGGGGUAAAUUGUCUCCCUACGAAACCCACUGGUGUCGUCUGAAGAUACUUUGUGUCUGCUCAUAUCAAUUUUGUUUCAAUAUCAGACAAAAUUUGAAACAACAGUAUUAAAAAAUUAAACCCCCAAAUGAGGGCUGUACCAAAUAGGUAUUCUAAAAACUAAAAAACACAAAUAGAAAACUACCAUUUAUAUUCAAAGGAAUGGAAAGGUAAAUACUUGAUACAUUUUAAUAGCCAACCAAAGAAAUACCAGUUGUGGGGUGCCUGGGUGGCUCAGUUGGUUAAAAGUCUGACUCUCGGUUUUGGCUCAGGUCAUGAUCCCAGGGUUGUGGGAUCAAGUCCCGUGUCAGCCUCCACACUGAGUGUGGAGCCUGCUUGAGAUUUUCUCUCUUUCUCCCUCCGCCCCUCUCCCCCGGGGGGUUCACACGUGCUCUCUUUUUCUCUUUCUCUCUCUAAAGUAAAAAAUAUGUAUAUAUUAAAAAAGAAAUAUCAAUUGUAUGUCAGCUGUAUAGUUUACUGUUUCAAGGGAGAAAUUUUUUAAUAAGCCACUCAUUAAAGCUUAAGGCCACAGGCUCAGAUAACCUCAAGAGUAGAUGAAAGAUUUCACAUCUUUGGAGUAGACUUCUGAGCAAAUUUCCACAUUGUUCAAAUCCAGAUUUCACCAUCUUGAUUAAAAUGUGUUAUAAUUUAUUAAAAAUGUUUUUGUCGCAGAAAUUCAAAAGCUUUACAAGAAAAAGUUGAAGAAAAUUGUGGGUUUUGUUUUGUUUUUUUAUUAAAUGAGAUUUGAAUAACUAUUGAGAAGCUUCACAAAUUGAGUUUUCUGAGUGCGACUGAGUACGGACCUGUUCCCAUUAGGCAGGACUGAGGCUGGGCUUCAGUGUGUGUGGUUCAGCCAAGCAAAACAAAAACCUUUCAUUAUGGAAAUAUUUAAACAUGAAAGUAAUCAAAAUUAUAUAAGACAGCCUCAUGUAUUCAUCAUCCAGUAUCUUCUCAGCAGUCCCCAUCUCAAAGCCAGCUCUACCUGACUGCUUCUCACCCCAGGACCUCUGCCUCUCCUGUGUGGCCUUGCAGCAAAUCAGUCUUGUCCCCGAUAGAAAGGGCCUCUUAGGGGAAAGGCAGCCACAGUCUUGUGUGUUACUGAUGAUAUAAGUCCUUUUUCUUUUAAGGGCAGCUCUCUGCUUGAACCUUGCUAGGGUCCUUUCACUGAUCAGCCUAUGCCCCUACCCAUUUACUCUUGAGAUACAUUUUUCAUAUCCCAAGUUGGAGUUCAAAAUGGAGGAGAAAAAUAUCUCAGGCCUGGCAUAAGAACAUACGAAAGAAUAUUUUCUCCUGUAUAAAAUUUUAAAAGAAAAUCAUUGCUGCUCAAAGUAAGAGACUCACAGGAGAAUAUGCCAACUACGGUGUUGUGAUUGGGUUCUGGGGAGUUGAAUGUCGUCUGCAGCCAAUAGUCCUUUGGAUAGCAAAUGUUAGUAUUCUCUAUUAAUUUCCCUGGGUUUGGUGAGAAGGAUUUGGGAAAAUCCUUGAAGACAUGACUGGUAAACUCCAUCUGUCUUCCAUAAUUCAUUCCUUUAUUCUCACGUUCUCUUCUCUUCUCUUCUCCCCUCCUUCCUUCCUUGCUUCCUUCCUUCGUUCCUCUCCUCUGCCUCCUUCCCCUUCCCCCAAAAGUUUUAGCUAGGCACAUGGCCACUCAUCUAGCCAUCUAGAGACUUCAUUUACCGGUAUCCUUUGGCUGGGUGUGGCCAUAUGACUGAGAUCUUAGCAGUGGAAUGUGAGCACCAGUCCUCUGCCCCACUUGCUUCAAAGGACAUCACGCUCCACUUCCUCCCCAAUAGGGAGAUUCAGUAAUGAACCUGGCUACUUUGAGCCCCGAGGGUAGGAGGCACUUGGGGAAGAUAAUGGAGCUGACCCACUAGCCAGUCGCUGGAUCACCUCCUGAAGCAGGCCUCCAGAACCCCAGAGAAACAAUUGAGCCACUCUUAUUUUGGGUCUCUAUCCAACACUUCCACCACUCCCCUAAUCAAUCCUAAUGGAGUCAUUCUUUCCCAAAGUGCAUCAUUUCGUUACACUUCAGACUUGAUUCUGUGCCCUUGAAAAACAUAGCGUCCGUGUUUUCAUUUAGCGGCUGUCCUGCAGAGAGUGGGAUCAGCCCCCCACCCAAAACUGAUGGGCAUUUGGGGACUGGUGAUGGCACACCCCCAAAGGAUGUGACAAGAUUUAUGUCUCCUGGAAUUUGCUGGCAAGGGUGGAGCAGGCACACGUCAGUCCAGGGGGCACUAGGCACGCAGUUUGGUUGGUUGUAGAUUUCAUUGUGAUCAGGAGGCAGGGCCAACCUGAGAAUUCCUGCCUGCUGGGGCUGGGUAGCUCGGCUGUAGGGCAAAAAGAAAAGGGGAGUCUGAGGCUUGAGAGCAGUCAGUGUUCAGACAUCCAUACUGGGGUUUUCCUCUUUAUCACAGCGCUGAAAUAAUAUCUUCAUGAGAACCUGAUAAUCAAAUGGAAGAAUAAUCCUCAAACCAAUAAUGGCUGAACUCACUUAUGUAUUUUGGUCAUGAGAAUAUUAAUUUUCCAAACCUAAGAAAAUGCAUAAAUCCAUUUCUCUGUGCCACUCCUUUUAAUUCAAAUAUGUCAUCUCUCCCUGGAUUAAGAAAUUUUGGAGACAGGGAAUGUCCCUGAGGCCCUCUAUGACUGUAAAUUUUCUUAGGAUGUUUAAGUGAAUUUUAAUCUCACCAAGAAGCACGAGAUAAAGGGAAGAGAAAAAGGACUUUAAGUGACAAACUUUCAGUGAACAAAGCUGUUUUUUCAAGUAGCAAAAAGUAAAGUAAUAUGCCAUUAGCAGAAGACUAAUUAUGCCUUUGUAUAACUGUGUUCCUUUCAAUAGAGGCAGGUUAUUAAAUAUAUAUCUGAAGGUGUUUAAUUCUAAUACCUUUCUAAAACUUAUAAGGAAACUUAGAAAUUAAAAGGAAAUCUUUUGUCAGACCACAUGUCACCAUACUCAUAAAGGAUUAGAACAAUUAUGCAAAUCAAAUUCUAGAAAUAGCUCUGGGUAUCCCAUAAUUCCUCAAGAUAGAUAUGCAAAUUACACUGCUCGUGACUGGGUUGAAAGAAUUACACAAUGUACAGUUACACUCUUUAUGUCGCUAUCCCUGAUGAGAACCUGCGACAGGGGUUCCUCCCUGUCUCGUCUCCUUCUUCUUCCUCUUCUACUGAGCACAUUGCCAUGCAAAUUGGUCAGUGCUCAGGAAACACAUUGGGGAAAAUAUAUGGAGGAAUAAGCGGGGAGAAAAUAAAAUGUGAAGUGAUGAAGACAUGGAAAAGUUUCAUCUCCACAUGCAUUUUACAUUUCAUGAUCUCUGGAGAAUAUUCUAAUAAGGCAUGUAUUAAGUCAGCAUCGAAACUUUAAUAAUUUUCCAAAGCCUUUUGGAAUUACAGCACGUCUGUAGUUCAGGAAAAUGAAACCAUUUAUUGCCCUGACCAGGUUCCAACACGGGGCCUAACCAAAAAACAAUGUGCUCCUCUCACAUAUCAUAUCCUGGCAUAUCCUAGAAAGCUCCGUAGAUUGGCACAUUCUGGUAGUAGAAAUGAAUCAGGGAAAUUUUUACAUCUGUGCUUAGCCAACAGUUUAUAUGUUCUCCACCUAGAGUAGACUGGCCACUUAAAUCUUCAUUUAUAAAUGGCGAAAUUAUUCCUCCUAGAAGCCAAGUAAUAUUAGCUUUAAUGUACCUGUCUCCUUGAUGUUACAGAGAAAUAAGAGAAUUGUAUUUAUGCCUUGACAUUGCAGCUUAAAAUGUUUUUGCAUGUUUUCACCGUGUAAUUUGAAGUGACUUCAAGACUUGAGGCUUUCAGAUAACAAAUUUCAAGCUGUCUGUUUCUCUUAAAUGACUGCAUGCAGGACACAGGGUGCACUAAAUACCUACUAAGGCUUUCCUCCUGCUUUUUCCUUGACCAAAAGCACAAAAUACCUUUUUCUGUAGUGAAAGCCUGCUACUCUUUCUUCUUUUGGCAGGGAACUGGAGUGGUCUUCUUGAGGACUACCUGUUUCAUUUCUGUUAAGUUCUGACUUGUCUAAUUAAUAAUGGCUUUGCGGGCUCUCCUUGAAGCAAGAUUUUAUAUAACAAAUUUCCUCCAUUAAAAUGACCACAUUCCUUACUGGCGCUUGGAUAUUUGGAGAGAAUUGGAAGAGAAAAUGUUGAGCAGAGAAUUACAUGGUUUUAUUUCACUUAGAGGACUUUAUUUUUUUAAAUGGACGCCAGGGUGAGGAGAAUGUGGGAGUCAGAAGGUAAGAAGAACCCAAGAGGAGGGGAAAGAGGAAAACUGGACAAUUUUGUUCCAGUCUUCUGGUUUUUCCUCCUUUCCUCACUUGGGUAACCAGAGAUCCCAGACAAUUGAUUAUGAUGUCUCAUCUCCUCAUUAUCCCCAAGCACCUUAUCUAGGGCCUGCUUUGGGCAUAUAUUAUGUUCUGACUUGAUUUGUGGCUCGAGGCACGUUUGCUAGGUGUCUCCAAUUAGCUUGCUAACUCAUUAGCAUAUGGGGACCUUCCAUAUCCCCGUCUCCUCCUGCCCUGCCCAACACACAGAAACUGGCUGCUUAUUAGCUUCCAAUACGAACUGAUUACUGUCCAUGGGUUUAUUCAAGUGGUUUUCCAUUUUCCUGUAACUAGAUUUAUGAUGUCAAAAUCUUAAACAUACACUGGUCAAAACUAGCCUAGUAAUAGGUAGUCUUUUUCAUCUUCUAGGUUUAUUUCAUUCUAAGAAAUCAGGUCAAAGUUCCUAUUUUUCCAAAGGCAGGUUAAUGCAACAGUCAACAGCAGGCUGAAUGACCUGAUAGUUGGAAAGAGUGAGUGAAUUAAAUAAGUCUAAUUUUUUUUUAACUUUUUAAAUACAGUUCUAGGAUAUCAAGUACUCCUGUCAAAGGAGUGAAGGGAAUCAAAUAUUUUAAGUACUGUUGCCGGUAAUUGUUGCUUCAAAAAGCAUCAUUAUUAGUGCCUGAAGCAAUAGUAGUUUCUAUUUCAAGACUAGGAGUCUAUAGGUAUGAGGUUGCUUAUGGGAUUUUUUUUUAUGUUUAUUUAUUUUGAGAGAGAGAGAGAGAGUUUAAGUAGGGGAGGGGCAGAGAGAGAGGGAGACAGAAUCCCAAGCAGGCUCCAAGCUGUCAACACAGAGCCCAAUGUGGGGCUCAGUCCCACAAAUUGUGCAGUCGUGACCUGAGCAGAAAACAAGAGUCAGACAUUUAACCCGCUGAGCCACCCAGGCAUCCCAUGAGGUUGCUUGUUUGGUUAAGCAGCUCACCUCUGUUAAAAUAGAUGCCUUUCUGGUCUGUUACCUUCACUGUGUUGACAGUAUCUCUUCUCAUGGUUGUAAGAUGGCUGCUGUGGCUCCCAAUGCCAAAUCCUCACCAAAAACACCCCCAAAGAAAGGAAGUGGUAGGGCUGGGGGAAGACAAGAGAGCUCUAUUCUUGGACUGAGUUGGACCCCCAGGGUCUUGUCUAAGUUGAGGAAAAGGCAUAAAGAACCCCUUUGACUCAGACUAAGUUUGCUUUAACUUCUGUUCACUCCAGAAGCAGCUAAAAAGCAUUGCAAAGGAUAUUAUUGAUUUCGGUCUAGAAUGUGAGUGGGUGGUGACGGUUUCCCAUUACCUCCUUUGCCCCUCAUGGAGAGGGUCCUGAAGCUCAGCGGCCUUGGCAGGUGACACAGAAUGACACAUCUGCCAGGUGAAUGGAGAACAGUAUUUUACAUCCACUGCACUUUCUAACCCCAGAUACCUCAGCACACAGACAAUUCAGAAUGCCAGUAAGACCAUAAACUUGCUACUCAACCCACCAUGGCCCUCAGAUCUAAAGAGUAGGUUUGGAGACUGGAACGUUUUGCAGGGUUUGCCCUAGAACCGUUUUCCCCCCUCUCCUCCCCUGUGGCAGCUAGUUCACUCCUAAUGUCUAGGUAUUCACACCUUACAUCUGAACGCUUAGUAGCAGUUGCAUUGGGGAAUGGGCAUGAGGACUUUAGACACAAGGAACAAUACAUGCAAAGGCUUGACACAUUGCAAUCUGUUCAGGGUAUGGCGGUUGUGGAGUGGCUGGAGGGCAGGGCCUGGGAAAGGAAAGGACAGAGGUGAGAGCUAAGGGAGCUGAGAGCCACGGGCAUACACGAGGAUUCAUACAGGUAAACACAGUGCACCAGGAGAGCCCGGAGGAGGGUGGCUGGGCUAAGAAAGGCUUGCAAAGUCUUGGAUCUGGGUCCAGCACGAACCCAAUGUUCACCAGGACCCGGAGGUAUGGGUAUACAGGUAAGUUCCACCUAUGCCAUCCCAGUUCUUAAAUACUGCAAAUAUUGCCUCUGCUCUGGAGGGAUUGGUGAGAGAUUCCCAGACAGAGAAGGGGACAUAGGCUUUCCAAGGAGAGCGUAUACAAAGGUCAUCAUCAAAGGGAGGAUGUCUUUGCAUUCCAUCCUGCAGGCCUUAGACAGAUGGUAAAGGUUAGACUGGAUCCCACCCCCCCUCAUCCCCCCCCCAUCCUUCUGCAAAAGGAAACCCUAGCUCAGCCCUAGGACCCAGAACCUGUUAUCUUUUAGUGGGCAGGGCACUUGAGAAGGUAGGGGGUGGUGGUGAGAUCCAAGACUUGGCAAAAGUAAUUGUGCCAUGUUUUGCAUCUUUCAAAAAGAGAAAGGAAAGAAGGAAAGGGAGAGAGAGAAGAGUGGAGAGAGGGAAUAGAGAAGAGGGACAAAGAAAGAAGGAAAAGUAAAAAAAAAGUCAAGAAAGAAAAGGAAAGUGGAAACAAAUAUGGCAAAAAAUGACAAGAUUUGUCAAGGCUGGAUACUAGAUUAUUGUCAUUGUUUAUUGGCUUGUUAUAUGCUUCCCCACUUGAGAUAUUUCUUUUUUUAAAAAAGGAACAGUUAGGUGGAAAUGUAAAUAGAUACCCCUUUUCUGCAAAGCUUAUAGACAUAGGAUAUCAAAACACGUAAAAAUGCGUAGUUUUGAACCAACAGUUCCAUGCCAGGACAUUCAGAUGAAGAUUUAUGUACAUGAAAUCUAUUUUCCAUUGCCUCAAGUGCAGUGAUUACCUGUUUAUCUCACGGGAGAGUGGGAGGGGUGGAGACGUGCUAAAUAAACUUCCCAAAGAAACAAAUGUGCUAUUUUAAUAGAAGUCUUCCCCAAAGACUUUGUACCUGUCCGGCAAUUGAUGAGUAUUCUGAAACACAACUAAACUUUUUCUUGAUGGGGGCGCCUGGGUGGUGCAGUCGGUUAAGCGUCCAACUUCAGCCAGGUCACGAUCUCGCGGUCCGUGAGUUCGAGCCCUGCGUCAGGCUCUGGGCUGAUGGCUCGGAGCCUGGAGCCUGCUUCCGAUUCUGUGUCUCCCUCUCUCUCUGCCCCUCCCCCGUUCAUGCUCUGUCUCUCUCUGUCCCAAAAAUAAAUAAAAAACGUUGAAAAAAAUUUUUUUAACUUUUUCUUGAUGAUGUUUUAUUAAUUAGCAAUCAAAGUACAUGUUAAUAGAUUCAUUGAUCCAAAAAGCUGCUGAGGUGUGAGGGGCGUUUUGCAUCUCUACACCAUUCCCCUAGACAGCUCGUUUCUCUGCCUCUCUUUGUUCUUCUGUUUCUUUUACAGUUGACUGUCAUUUCUCAUUACUCUUCACCUGAACUCUCAUUAGGAAUCAUCCACCUAAUCAGAAUGAAGCACAACAAAACAGAACCACAUAAUCGAAUGUUUAGACAUGCCAUCUGAAGCGAAUCUCUGUCUGAGGGGCACCAGGGUGGCUCAGUCACUUAAGCGUCCCACGCGUGAUUUUGGCUCAGGUAAUGAUCUCACGGUUCGUGGGUUCGAUCCCCGGGUUGGGCUCUGCACUGACAGCACGGAGCCUGUGUGGAAUGCUCUCUUCCCCUGUCUCUCUCUGCCCCGCCUUGACUCAUGUUUGCUCGCUCACUCUCUCAAAACAAAUACAUUUUUUAAAAAAUAAAAUAAUAAAGUAAAUCUUUGAACAAAGGCCUGUUGGUAUAUCUCCAGCCAACCGGUGUGCUUCUUAAAGAUGUUCUUUCUUGGAUCCAACCUCAACCCCUCCUAAUAAUCUCUGGACCAUGCAAGCACUUCAGGUAAUUCUUAUGUAUAUUAAAAUUUGAGAAUCACGGGUUUAUGGAUUUUCCUGUUAAAAAACAACCACGAACUCAAAUCCAUAUAUAGAGAGCAAUCUGAACGGGUUGUCUCAACAGUCAGGUUGCUGCCUAAGGCUGAAGAUGUUCAGGGGUCAAAUGGUUUGGGCCGUGCUCCAUGCCAGGUGCUAAAUAGUCUACAAAUCACAUGGGCUUAGUGACUUCUGUUGUUUUGAACUUGGAUCCCUGGGAGGCGGAGGAGGGUUAGAUGAAGAGCCUGGGCCUGUCUUUCUUUAGGUUAGCUGAGAUUUCUGGCAAGUGGCUGUUGGAUAAUUAACAUCUACCUGGUCUCACGACCUGGGGAGGAAGAAGGUAAUUGUUACUUGUAUUUUCCAACUAUGAGACCAUCUUCAGACUGUCUUCUGCGGACACAAAAGAAUACUGCUGACCGUUUAUCAGAGGCAAAUUGGCCACACCCUCUUGUUAUGACUUAUCCCUCUUGCACUGAAUACUUAAUAGUUCAUAUUAUAUACAAUAUGAACUACAGUAAAUUUCAACAUAUUUACUGUGCUCAUAUUUAUUGUUUUUAUCAAAAUGAUCGCUUCGCUCACACUCGUCUUCCGUAUGUUUAUUAAAAAAAGUUUUAAAGCAAUAUAUACUACUGCGUUCCUUUAAAGAAAAGAUGUGCAUCUUUUUAUCUUGUAUCUUAGCUAGACUCCAAAUGCCUUAGAUAUUCUGAUGGUCAACUAAAGAGCCAUGCACUCACAGGAUAAUGGAACGAAUACCGUAUUUAGAAGUGUAUCAGUACCAGUCACAGUCUCAAACAACAGCAACAAGAAACCACUCCAGAAUGAAAAUACUGGUAUAUUUGUAUAAUGCAAAGAGAAAUACAGAUAUAAAUCCUCAAAACGGAAGGUACAUUAAUAAAAAUGUAGCAUUAUAAGCAAAAAAUAUUAUACAGUACUUGCAGAAUUUAGUCUUUCCGUUUAAGAUUACAGUGUGUCUACCAAAUAUUUAAAAGUAUGGUUGUCAUUAUUAAUUUAAAAUAUCCAUCAGAUGAGCAGCACAGCUUAACCUAGCAAACAUUUUAAGGAAAUGCUUUGUCUUGUAGAAGUAGAGUUAUCAUUAUAUUCCAUUCAUUGAUACCAUGAACAAAAGGAGAACAGUUUUCAAAGUGGAAAUUAGUUUCGUAAGACAGAAUAAAACUGGGCGUCUCAAAGCACAAGCUGUUUCCAUAAACGUAUUUUCAUUUUUAUUGGCAAAAAAUACCUAAGCAAUUCUGACUUAGUUCUGACUCUGCUUCCCAGAGCCUUCCCAAUCCGUGAACCACAAUCAGUACAAAAACAUGCAAUACUGGUUUUUUUUUUUCUCCACACCAUCACUGACCAAAACACUUUUACUCUUUUUAAAAGUUACAAUUUUACAGAAAUGUUUCCACUCAAGAUUGGUAUAAUACAGAGAGCAGUUGUUGCCGCUGAUGUGUAUUUUUCUAGUAGUAUAAAGGAAGGUAGGAAACAAAUCUGGUCACUUGUCACUGCUGAAAAAACACUGCCUCGCUACUUUACGCUCCCAUUUCUGCUCUUCAAAUUCAUUACCGAUACUGAACAAAGUUUUCAACACUUUCAAAGAACCAGAGCAGCACAACUGACCCCACGGCCGGCAACUCAAGGGGGAACUGACGACAAUUUCCCCUCCCCCCUUUCUCCUGCUUCCCACAGAAGACCCUCAAGAAAUCAAACUUGUGAAGUCCCCUAGGUUCCUCUACUUCACUGCGAAAUGUAAUGCCACUUGAGGUUGUCAAAAAUAGCUUCUGUAGAAAACUGGCCAAGGUCUUUAGGAAACGUUGCAUGAAGAAAAUUAGUGUAGGCUUUAUUAAAAAAAAAAAAAAAAAAAAAAA